GGUGUGAUAUGGGGUUUUUGUCGAUGUACGGCAUUCGGGAUUUAAACAGCUUCUACCAGUUUAAAGAACCAACUUUUACGUCAAAUCACAUAUUCUGGGACCCGCUGCUGACAGCCGAUGAGAUGUUGUGCUCUCGAAAGGAGAUGCUGGAGACUGUACGUGUGGGAACAGAUAUCGAGGAGGCUCCAAUACGUGCACGCCACUCUUUUAUGGCAAUGCAAUUGAAUUCGACAGGUGCGCAACUACCUGGCAUGAAAGCAGAAUUCAGACUGCGAUACAGAUUUGAACGUGGUUUCGCUGUUCCCGGUUUGCAGUCAAAUCCUACAAACUGCCAUUUCAUAUACACUCCAUCGCUUCCAAUCUGGAUGCGAAACAAUGCAGCGAUUCGGCACAUGACUUCCACGGCCAGGCUCCACAGAAGUGGUUGGACAAAUUCUCCAUUCUAUCCUCUACCAUAUCCCUCAAACAUUACUUGUGUCUAUAUGUUUCUGCCCGAACAUAUCAGCUCAAGUGGAAAUACUUCUGCGAUUCGUCUGUCAUUUGGACAUUUUGAAUUGACUUCCGUCGAAUCCUUUCCAACCAGCGAGACAAGCCCAUUGGAUGGACGACCCCAGUGUAAUCGGGAUUUUUUAGAGGUUGUUGCCAUCCGGGGGGAAAUUACUUCCAUUGUCCUUAAUCAACUGGUCAGUCAACCGGCACCCAACUUGCCUGCACGCACGCGACAUUGGGAGCACUCUUGGCGAAACUAUUGGAACACGAUGAAUAGGGGAUUGCAAUCACUGUCUGGAGGGCAGCGAUCCUUUAUUGACCCUAUCGCAGCAUACUGUGGAACAAACAUUCCUGGCCCAGUUCUUUCCGAUCCCGGUGUCACUGCAUUUCUGGUGCGAUUUCACAGCGGACGAAAUGCCAAGCAUGGAGGAUUUACUUUAAAGUACGAAUUUGUGGAGCACCACAAGGGAGAAUGUGGCGGAAACAUCGGCUCAUUUCUUCAUGGUGGUGUAAUAGAAUCGCCCAAACAUCCUCAACCAUAUCCGCACAAUCUGGACUGUCGAUGGCAACUCCAAAUCAGCAACCCGGAAAAUGUUAUACAGUUGCAUUUUGAUGCGUUCUACUUAUCAGCCAAUAUAGGAAACUGCUCUCAAGCUGUGUUGCGAAUCUAUACCGGUGCUGCUACGGACCAUCUGGCAGAGCUUUGCACUAAUCAAACAGCAAUGACUCCGUUGUUGUUACCUGGUGCAUCUGUCACAAUUCGUUUUACAGCUUUAAGGAACGAUGAAAAAGCCACCGGGUUUCGGAUCAUCUGGACGGAAAUUUUCCCUGCGCUUAAAGAUGGUACCUGUGAGGGCUUUCAAUGUGCGCACUCAAAGCAUUGCAUUUCCAAACAUUUGGUCUGCGACGGCACCCCUAAUUGCGGUGUGUAUAGUAAAGCCAAUAGGCUCGACCCUGAUGAUUCGGACGAGAAUGCCAACUGCAAUUUUUCGUCAGGCGCCGGCGCAAUCACCUACAAUUUCGUGCACAUCUCGGUUGGAGUCAUCAUGACGUUUGUGCUGUUGUUUGUCCUCAUAGGCAUUGUUUACUACCGCGAACGUAAGCGAAGACGGAUGCAUAUGGAUCCACUGGCUGAACUAACAGGCUCCAAACAUUCCCUUGCACCAAGUCAGGCAAGCAAUAAAUCAUAUCAUCGACAAAGUCAUCCUCGAAAAUGUGACACAGGUCACGCUCACAUACACUCACGACAAAAUUCCCGUACUCAUCUGUCCAUGGACAACAGUAGGACAAGUGUAUAUUCCUCUACGUAUCGGUCGUCUAAGCGACAUCCACGAAGCCAAGACCGACGCACAAACCACAUCGUCCCGCGCUCAAAUCUGAUACCUAGCCAUAAUUGCACAUCUAGGUAUCAGCUGAUACCCAUUCACAAUUUACCAAAACAAAGUUCACAUCAUUCCCCAGGCAGACAUCGAAGUAAGAGCCCCUGUCGCAUGACGCAUGGUCAUUCAUGUACACUCAGACGAACUGGAAGCCACCGCAGUGGUUCCUCACGCAGUGGUCGGAUGAGUCAUGGCGCGACAUCAUGUGUAUUAUCAGGUGACAAUGAUAGCGGGCAUCUGACGAGAGAACGAAUGCAGACGAUUUCGAUUGUCUAGGUUGCUAAUUGAUUAAACUUACCCACACAAUCACUCGGUACACUGUACAGGCUGCAAUGGAUGGAAUACGCUCAGAAAACACUAAGAGCGUCCGUUUGUUAUCAACCAUUAUGAACAUAGGCAAAGCUCAAUCACAUUCCGUUUAUGUGUGAUAAUCAUUUAGGUUGGUAUGAAAUUACAUACUACC